GAAACAGCCGCCGGGGUGAACUUUCCUACAAUUUUUGUUCGGGUUUUGGGGAACUGCCAUCGUAAACCAUUGGCCGAGGCGUGGCACUGUGCCAAUCCACCUUUCUUUGUCUUAUAUCCUUCACUUGUUUCUUGUUUCGUUAGAAGUUCAGGUACUUCAAGAAGAAGAAGAAGAAGAAGAAGAAAAAGUAGUGUGUUAGAUGGGAAGAAUAUUCGUGGUAGAGCUAGAGGGAAGGUCUUACAGAUGCAAGUUCUGCAAGACCCACUUGGCCCUCGCCUCCGACUGUGUUUCUCGGGCUUUUCGUAGCCGCCGCGGAAAAGCGUACCUCUUCAACAAUGCGGUGAAUAUAACUAUUGGAGCAUUAGAGGAGAGGAUGAUGCUCUCAGGUCUGCACACUGUUGCGGAUACAUUUUGCUGUUUCUGUGGGCAAAUUGUGGGCUGGAAAUAUGAGUCUGCACAUGAGAUGGCCCAGAAAUAUAAAGAGGGGAAGUUUGUCCUUGAAAGGGGGAGCAUGGUCGAGGAAUUAGAUCUCUCCACAGAGUUCGACAUUGAUUCUGAAGAUGCUGAGGUUCUUAGUUUAUAGUUGCACUGGACAAUGCAGAACAGCGGCAAUGUUCUUAGUAUUUGAAUAAUGCAGAGUGAAACUUAAUAUAUACUUAGUUGAUUUGCAUGCAACGAAGGCAACAAAUGAACCUGAUACUCGGUGUAUGCUGUUAAUGCAUAGAUGACUUCAUGCUACACUUUUGCAUUUGUGCUAUCAUCUGCAUUGCUUUUUUUCAAGUUCUAUGGAGAUAUUAUGCAGUUGAUUUUGUUUUUCUGUUGAUAUAAUUACUUUAAUAGUGAAUUACUGGAACCCGUUCUUAUGAACGACAAUUAUUGUAUCAGCAUCCGAAUUUGAUAAACAUGACCUAUCUUAUAGGAGUUAGUUAUAGACUUAUACCAGUGAAAUCCUUCAAAAGUUAAAAAAAGGGGACAGUUUAUACAUGAUUAUACUCAGAUUAUUCGGUAGAUCAUAUAUCUUUCAUCCUCUUUCAUCAUGGUAAU